AUGGACAUGGUCGAGGACAUGUCACAACGAUUGGCCGAGGAGGCGAUGAACCAGGUGGAGGACGUCAAGAUAGCUGUAGACGAAGUUAGAAGCUCCGUCACAGCGGUGGAGUCGCGAACAACACAGAAGAUAAACGAGGGGCUGCAAAGGGUCGGUCGAGUGCUCAAGAGGGUGGUUCAAGCACAGAAGGGCCUGCAGCAGCGAGUGGCAUCAGCUGUGAAGGAGAAGGGGACGGAACCAGAGGAAAAGGAGCGCGCGGUGGAGACUGAUCUCACGGAGGCUUCAGACCUUGCUGAAGCUGAGGAGGAUGCUGGUGAGCCCUACUAUGACUACUACACUGCUAGAAGUUCGGGUGAAUUCUAUAAGUAG